AUGCCUCAGGUUCCCUUCAUUGGCCGACUGCACCCGCUGCAGUACGUCUAUCUGCUCGGCAGCUUCGUCCUUAUCGCCCUCGAGGCUUUCAUCCGGAUCAUCACCCUCGCCCUUCCCGGCCCCAUCAUCCACCUCUGCUACCGCGCCUCGCGCAAGUCCUUCAACUACCUGUCGUCCCCGCAAGGACGCCGCUCGCGCAACAAGAAGAAGGGUCUGGUCACCUCCAUCGCCCAGGCCGCCGAUUUCGUCGAGCUCGCCGAACUCUUUGGGUACUACGCCGAGGAACACAUUGUCCAGACCGGAGAUGGAUAUCUGCUGGGUCUGCACAGGCUGGCCUACAGGCGGGGCGAGGAGGACCAGAGGGUGAACCACGGCCCGGACAGCAUCCAGAAGCGCGUCGUCUACCUGCAUCAUGGCUUGAUGAUGAACAGCGAGGUCUGGCUGUGCCUUACCGAGAAGGAGAGGUGUCUCCCCUUCAUGCUUGUUGAGCGCGGCUACGACGUCUGGCUUGGAAACAACAGAGGCAACAAAUACUCGAAGAAAUCGACCCGAGAUGCUCCCACCGACAAUCGCUUCUGGAACUUCUCCAUGGACCAAUUCGCUUUCCACGACAUCCCCGAUUCUAUCGAUUACAUCCUGUCCACCACUGACCAGCAAUCGCUCUCCUACGUCGGUUUCUCGCAGGGAACUGCCCAAGCCUUCGCUGCUCUGUCCAUUCACCCGAUGCUGAACGAAAAGGUCAACGUCUUUGUCGCUCUUGCGCCCGCCAUGUCUCCCAAGGGCAUGAGCAGUGGCAUUGUCGACACGCUUGUCAAGUCGUCCCCCGACGUUCUCUUCCUAGCCUUCGGAAGGCGGGCUAUCCUCACCAGCACCACCAUGUGGCAGAGCAUUCUGUACCCGCCCAUUUUCGUACGCCUGAUCGACGGGUCGCUCUCGUUUCUGUUCGGCUGGUCGGCGAAGAACAUCUCGCCCCACCAGAAGCUCGCCGCGUAUCCGCAUCUCUACUCGUUCUCCAGCGUCAAGACGGUUGUGCACUGGUUCCAGAUCAUUCGGAACGGCACUUUCCAGAUGUACGAUGAUGAAAUGCAGGCCCCGAUGAGGAUCUCAAACGACGCAAAAUACUACAAGGUGGCCAAGUUCCCCACUCGGAAUAUCAAGACGCCUAUUGUUCUCGUCUAUGGCGGUAGCGACAGCUUGGUCGAUGUCAACAUCAUGCUCAAGGAACUGCCGAAGCACACGGUGGCCGAGGAAAUUCCUCAUUACGAGCAUCUCGACUUUCUGUGGGCUAACAACGUAGAGGAACUUGUCUUCCCGCACGUCUACGCCGCUCUCGAUAAAUACGCCGGCCCUGGUAGCAGUCCGAACAACGGUCCCUUCAAACCCCUCACGCCGUCUAACACCGUCCAGAUGCUUCCAACGGCCUCCUUCUCCGAUGAUGACGAGAGCCCCCGGUCCACACGCAAAAUCUCCGAAAACGUGCCGCCUGCGCACUCGCCAACCCCAGCUGGCGGCACCAAAACAUCACCGUACCUCGAAUCUCGCAAGCAUCAGCCUUCGACGCUCGGUUCCCCCGUCCAUCUCCGAAACUCUGGAAGCUCGUUCCGACCGCAGCGCGUCGCGUCGGCUCCCAUCGGCGGCUCACUCGAACGCAGGGCACCCUCUGAAGAAGGCUCAUACCGCGAGUCGCAUCUUUCGCAAAAGUCCAACGCGUCGCGUCCGGAAGGGUGGUGGAGUUCCGAUGAGGUCGGUGGGACAGAUUCCAGUCCGCCACCCCCCGCGCAUAGCCCAGGCCGUGCGAGUUUCAGCAGCCUGAUAAGCCAAGGGAAAACCGAGACGAAGUUUGGCUCGAAAGGAAUUACGCUCGGUGCGGGAAAAGCGGUAGGAGGUCUGGUCAGCGGGAGCGGGACAGGGACAGUCGGCAUCACCGGAGGAGAGCCAAAGGCAAAGAAGAAGGGAAGCAAGAAGCAAAAGUAG